UGUCAAACCCCAAUUUGAUUUGCAGUAGGACUAUGAGCUUGACUCAACUGGAUAAUAACUUUCUCCAAUUUGACUAGUAGUAGGAUAGAUUUUCAUUGAAAAUAUAUCUUUAUCCAAUUUGACUAGUAGUCGGAUUAUGAGACAACCAUAACUAUAAAUAUAGUUCCAUAAUCUGUCACUUUUUAAUCACCAACAACAACGUUCACUACUUUGAUCGGAGACUCCGAAAUUUGACAAGAAGCCUUGACGUUGCCACAGCCCCGACCCGAAGGAAGAACAACUCAGAGGAGAUCAACACCGAAUCGUCGUCAUCGAAUAACCCGUGAAAGAGGAACGAACCAGUGGACAUCAUCACCAAACCAACGGUCGUCAUCGAAUCGGUCCGAACACCAACCCAACGGUCGUCAUCGAAUAGUUCGUGAGUCUAUGAAGGAGCCAUCCUCGAAUCGCUGCAUGAUUGAAAACACGAAGGAAGAACAACCCAGUAGAGAUCAGCACUGAACCAUUGCCGCCGUCGACAAGUCCUAUAGAAGUCUUCCUUGCGUCGCUGCUUUCUGUCCUUGAGGAACAAAGAGUCACCAUGGUUUACUUCAAGUAUCACAAUACUCCUGGAGAAGAGACUUUGUCACUCAUGGAAGAUGCUAAUUCGGUCGAUGGAGCGCACUUUCGUUCAUUUCCUCCUGUGAUUGGUCCUUUUGCAAACAUCCAUUCUUCUACGGAGUUCUCGGGCCCGAAAAGCUGGUACAAGGAGAGUCGUGAUGUUAAUGCAUUUGGUGGAAAAACACCUAAUCCUGUCCUUGUCGCUUCACAUCACCGUCCCUGCGAUGAUGCGUGUUCUUUCCAGACAUUAUCUACGCGUUUGUCCCGCAAGGAGACCAAAUGGAGUUCUAGUCCGAAAUUUGGAGUCGAGCCAACAUACAUCCCUCUUUACUGGGAAUGGUUAGAAGAUGUCCUGCACCAUUCCAGACGCACACUCGCUAGCACCCAUAUUCUUGAUGCCGUCUAUGCUUCUAUGUACAUCUACAAAUGUAAUUCUCCUGUCAUGCAGGCUUUUUGUGAAUCCUGGUGUCCUACGACAAAUACCUUGCACACUUCAGUUGGAGAAAUGUCAAUCAGUCUUUGGGAUAUAUACGACCUUGGUGGGCUUCCCGUAACUGGCCUUUUUUAUGACGAGGUCGUCCCUUCUGCCGUUGAAUUGGAAGGCUCCGACGAUGAGCACAGUCUAUACCUCCCUUACAGUUGCAAAUAUUUGUUCAUGGCUUUGCAUUAUCUUUCUGAGAAACACAAGGUGACAACAAUAACGUUCGAGACUUGGUGUGAUUUUUGGUUUCGCGGUGCAUCAAAGUAUUUCUUGGCAUCUGGCAACAAAAAGUCUGUCCUUCCAACACUUAUGAAAGACUUCAGCUCCUUUAAUGGUCCUCGAUCGUGGAGUCAUAAGAUGUACGAAGCCUUUCGCAUCCUACGGAUUCCUGAAGCGCAUCAUCGACAAACAUAUUUGGCUGCCUUUCUCUCAUGUUGGCUUUGUGCCUUUGUUUUGCCGGUGUCAGAUUUGGGUUGCAUCCGUCCUGGAUCUUUCAAACCUGCGUCAUUUCUUGCAAGUGGAAAAGAGACUUCUUUGGCGAUCCCUGUUUUGGCGAGCAUCUACCACGGAUUGAGCAAAAUUUCGAAUUCUCCUACCCCCGGCAAACAUCGCGAGUCCUUCCCUGCACAAUAUGUGUAUGCCUGGACCGCUAAGUAUUUUCGAAGUCAUCACGUCGUCACCUACGAUUUUGUUGGUGCUCCCCUGGUUGGAAUUCAAGGCCUUGACUCUGUCAUAAAGUCUCCAGAUGCUAAAUCGCUAGUUUCUUCGGGUAAGGAUUUCAAUUGGCUUGCUAACUCAAUUUGUGGUAAUUCAGAUGAGAAGCGUGAAGAUGACAACCAUCAACCAAAGCAAUUCGCAAACUUCUUCAUUAGCAUGCGGUCCUGUUUUCUGACCUUGAGGUUCGACAACAACUACGUGGUUGAGCCAUACAGUCCUCAUCGAUUCGGUCGGCAAUUCGGAUUUCACCAAGAUGUGCCAGGCGAAUUAGUAGUCCAGACACAAAACAUCACCCGAGAGCAUAUGUACUAUCUUUUUCAGUCCAGCAUUCGUCUGCAUACUAGGGCUACUUUUUUGGUCCCUUGCCGCACGUUUAAUGCCCAAUCUCGAGUCACUCCAAGCUUCACAACAUGGUGGAAUUCGGUCGUUUCUUUAAAUGCGGCUUAUGCUUCAAGAACUCCUAGUCCAACAAAUGUCAGGUCUAAGAAGAGAAAGGAGAGAAAGGGCGAUGAUCUUAACACUUCACCAAAAGACAAAGCUGCCAAGACUUCGGCUGCACCUCGCAAAGUUAGAGUCAGAUUGCCUAAAAGUUCCACGAUAUCCUGUCCGCCCAAGGAAACAUCUUCGAAAUGCAGGGACGAGAGUAGAAGACUAGCAAGCAGAGUUGUAAGUAAUGAACCUUCCAAUGACGAAAAUGAACCUUCCGAUGACGAACACGCAGGUGAACCUACAAUUCUGGAUGAUAUUUUCGCUGAAGAUUAUGGCCCUGAGCUAUCGCCUGAAGAGAUAGAGAAUCUUCAAAGCGAUGCGAACAUAGCAGUAGAGCUUACUGCUUGCGAGAAUACAUUUGUCUCCCUUCCUGAACAACAGUUCAUUGAUGAUGUUGUCAUUGAUACUGCGCCAACCACAAGUGUUUCUACUGCUUCGACCGAGUCUCCUUCUUUUAAUGCUCAAGACAUGAUCACUAAGGCGACCAACAGGGCGGACCGAUAUGCUGCAAGCUUGAUGAUUAAUGAAAUAAAGGACAAGUUGAUGAAGACUCCUUUAGCCAAGGUUCAUGAACUAGCGCAGGAGUUUGAACAGGUUUUCUCCUAUGUUCGUGAUAAGAAGAUCGACAUCUCUGCAAUCGAAUCUUUUAUCAAGGGGUAUAUUGGGUGCGGUUCUCAACUCCACCACGUUCGGCUAGGGAAACAGGGAGAUCCCACUCUCAAUGACUUGGAGCAACGAUCUUUGGAGAUAGAGACGAGCGUGCAGACAACUACAAUUGCAGGGAAAGCAGAAGAGGAGCGAAUGCAAGCUCUUCAUAAGGAGAUAGAUCAGAUUCAGCAAGAACAAGCCGAACAUAAAAGGAAGCUCAAUGAUUUAGCAGAACGAGCGGAUAGACUUUUGCCUCUUAUUUCAGAAUCAGAAGAGAAGUUCCAAGGGUACGUCAUACAGAAGAAAGAGCAAGAAAACUCACUCCUCAUCAUGAAGGAGAAUAUUGUUGCUGCGAAAGAGGUGGAGGCAAAGCUAGCGGAAGCUGAGAAACAAUUUGGUGUUGCUCGUGAUGCUUUGCAAGCCUUCAAAUUUGAACCGUAGUUCCGCCUUUCUUGUUACCAUCGUUGCACUUGUUUUCUUUUAAUUCUUUUUAUUUUUUUUUAUUUUUAGAGACCAAUUUGUUUUAAGAAUUCCAAAAAUGAAAUGAAUAAGACUCGUCAUUCUUCCUGUCAAAGAUUUUUGUCAUUGAUUCCAUAUUCAUUCAACUCAUAGGAAACCAACAUGAAAUUUUCAUUUAUUUAUUUAGCCGUUCACAGUUUAUACUCUUGCGGGCCAGGAGUAGUACAAAAAUGGGAGAGAUUUUUGGUGUGGCUGGACUUAAAGUUAGUGAUUCCUUCAAGCUGCCUACGUACUUAUGAAAUGAAUAAAUUCACUCCAUAAGAUCAAGCCAACGUAGUUCCUUAAAAGCAAAAAUAAUUUCUUGAUUUUUUUUUUUUUUUUUUUUUUUUUUUUUUUUUUUUUCUGACGUCGUUUGCUGACGU